UCAGGAUUUGCCUGGUCCUAGUCUGGCGUGCCCAAGCGCUACACAUAUUAAACAAGAUCCUGGCUAUUGCAUCUUUAAUCGAGUUGAAUGAUCUGUGAAGCGAAACAAGUCAAUUUAGCUGCUCACUCAGUGUGGUCAUGCUUGCAGCGUACAAAAUCUUACAGAGUUCACGUGCAUUAAUUCUCGCAAUGAAUUGGAAGAUGAGUCGAAAAAUUUUCACUAUGUGAAGUGUAAAUUAAGUUUUCACGUGUCCCAUUGAUUGGCUCUAAUGCAAAGUAGUGAGCGCAACAUCCAUCAAAGUACAUUUCGAAGGAAAAGCAGCCUAUCUGAUUCUGGUUUGAACUGGACUUUUGUACUCUAUCAGGCACCAUCGCUACCUGAAACACGCUCAAACCAUGUACGUAAGUAAGUACAUUGGUUGGUAUGUCGAGUCAGCGCGAGGGGUGUGCUAGUGGAACCGGUGUAAUAUGGGAACCACUUUGCUUGAGAGGUGUAAUGGAACAAUGGAGAGAUUUUAUGUGUUUUCAUCUUCAUCGAGAAGUAGAACAAAGAAAGAAACGACUUCUGGAAAAGGGCAGUGGAAACUUAUGGAGACACAAUCGAUUGACUCAGAUCUCAAUCUGGCCAAAUUGUUUCAACAAAGAAAUGGCCAAAACCAUCAUAAGUAAUAGCUGUCAAUGGGAAAAGAAGCUCGCACGCAAAUUCAAAUGUUGUCCGAAUGCAGGAAAAAAAUGAAAGUACAAAGGGAUCCAACCGCUCUCUAGUUCUUGACAAAUCCCCCUCUUCGUCCCUCCCUCCCUCCCUCCCCUCGUAAACUGUGUGAUCGGUCUUCGUGCAUACCGCUCAACCCAGCAUCAUCUCUACUAGUACAUACGAACUUAUGUAGACUACUAAAUGGACAUGGAGUGGCUUCGACCUGCUCUUUGUGAACCUUUCCCCAUCACUGAAUGACACGAGCCCAAUGCCGGUCUAGUGUAUUCUGGUUCCCGUGAAUCCUUCUUCGAGGCAAACCCCGGAGCUAAACAAUCACAUGAUGAUGAGGGAGUCCGUCUGUUCACCAUCCGACCGAUAGCGUUUCUUGCGCGAUGACUUUUGUGGGCUCACAGAUACUGCGUCCGUAAAAAAGUGGACAAAGCACACCCUUAGAAUUGGGCUCAGUGAUAUUCCUCAACCUGGAAAUUAAGUGAAGAAUUCAGAGCCUUCAGAGAAAGAAGGAGGAGGAUUGCCUUGGAAAUUCCACUGGAUAGGCAAGAGUAUUAAAGCUGGACUAAUCGUAAGACUCGGCAUUGAUUCGAUCACCAAUGUGCCUACAGAACACAGAUAGUGUUCAAUAAUUGCGAGAAUAGUUCUCACCACAGAACAGAACCAAAGAGUGAGAACGAGUUUGACAAAUUGAUCACCAUAUGGAGUGAGUGCUACACGAUUUCCAAAGCAUCCAUCGGUUUUGAUAACAAAUCGAUAGGUAAAACUUGUUGUCGAACUUAUUUUCGUGUACGUACUCCCGAGGAGGGAAAAAAAGAAGGAGGAGGAGGAGAAUAAGGUUCCCAGGACCGCCAACACGCCAAAUGGCGUCAUCCACGUGGAUACUCGUUUGGAUUCCGGUCCGUGAGGAAGAGCUCAGAUUGCACCAAGAACUCACUCAAAAUCCAACUCACGAAGGAAAGCAAAAGAACAAGAAGAAAAGCCAAAGUGAGAAGAAGAAAAACUCUCGAAAUGAGUUCUUUCCCAAACCAGGGGGAGGCCACAUGGGCUACGACAAUCCCAUGCCCAUCGAAGGGGAGCCACCAUCCAAUCUAAAGACCUUAACCGAGCAACCCGCUGUCAUGAAUGAAAUGGACUUCACUAGCUUGGAGGAUACAAUGGUCGAGGUCUUGGGUGUCCUGAAAUGUUCUCACUUUACCACCCAAAAAUCGAGCAAUGGCAAGUACAUCUUGACCACUUUUUGUGUGCCUUCAUCUCGGACUGAGAUCGCCUUGAUAUGCUUGCAACAACACGGGAUCGGUAGUAAUGACUAUACUUCAAUUAGCGUCGUACCCAGUUCCAUUCAGCUCCGAGGAGAACACGUUCUUCAAGAUCCUCCUAAGGUAUACCAAAAAGAGUUGGCUGAUCCAUACCACCGACAAAUGGCCGAGAAAGCCGUGGAUCUGUCCAAGUUAGAGAAUAGAAUCUCCAAUUUCUACAACAGUAUUAGGAGCAGACUUUUGGUGGCCGAGGUUGUGAGCAGGAUCAAGGCUGGCGGUGACUUCAACUUCGACUUCCUCAUGCUGUUGUUUUUGGCAGGCUGUAUAGCGUUUAUGGGAUUAAUCGAAAACAGCACUGUCACUUUGGUUGCAUCCAUGUUGGUCUCUCCACUCAUGGGCCCGAUUUUGUCCGGUAUCUUUGGAUCCGUGAUCCGCGAUAGGAAGCUGAGAAACCAGGGGAUCAAAAAUGAAAUCAUCUCCAUAUGACUUUGCUUGACCAUGGGUUUCACGUUCGGUUUGAUAUUUGCUCCCUGGAUCGAUACCUACGGUGUACCGCAAUGGCCCACCCCCGAAAUGCAGGCCCGAGGGCAACUCAGGACCCUCAUAGGCGGGGCCUUGAUAGCCACUCCUUCCGGUGCAGGCGUUGCCAUGUCAAUCCUGGGCGGAAAUUCCGGCUCCUUGGUUGGAGUAGCCAUUUCUGCCUCGCUCCUGCCUCCCGCUGUUAACUGUGGCCUCCUAUGGGCGGUGAGCUUCGUGGGUGCGGUGUCGGGUGAAAGCUACUUGGUUGGCUAUCGGUUGGAAUCGGACUUGAACUCCACUUUGCCCAUCUAUACACCCGCUUACUCGGACAAUUUGGUGAAGGAAGCCGCAUUACUGGGAAUCGUGAGCUUCACUCUCACCGUGGUCAAUAUCGUCUGCAUCAUUUUCACCGGUAUCGGGAUCCUGAAACUGAAGGAAGUUACUCCCGACAAAAUCCCUCAAUCCUUCUCGAACUUCUGGAAAGAGGACGUCAAAGUUCACCGCGAAUUCAAUCAAUCAGUGGGCAAGGACGAUCCACCCAACCCUACACUCCUCGAGGAGGCGAGAGAGGUCUUGGGCAUUGGCAAAGACGAAGCUAGUACAGCAUUGGAGGGCAAUUUUCUCCUGAGUGUUAUCGAGAAAGCCCAACACGAAUCCGACUUCCUCAAUAUACGCGACCGAGUGGCUCAUCCACCCGUGGCUGAUGGAGUGCCCAAUGAUGUUCAUGGCAAUAUUCUAAUCAUGGAGGACCAAAAUUUACCUCCUAACGCCACGAUCAAUCAGAUCAACCAAGAGGAAUUGGCUGACCAAGCCAAAAUCAUCAUAGCUGCCAAUCGGGAAUUUCACAGAUUCCUUAGUAACAACCCGGAUGCGCCGCGAGAUGUACAGAUCUUUCCCAAGCCAAGAAGGCAAAGUUUAGCCAUUACGAUGGGUUUCGCGUGAAGGAAAGACAGGCCCUGACAUGCUAAAUGUGAUUUAUGUACAAUGUAAGAUAAUCAAAAGAUUCUUUCGUUUAUGGUAUCUCAUAUGUUCCAAUGUAUUCCAUCCUUUGUUGUAGUUCAGAGAACAAAUUUCUCAAUUACCGAUGCACAGAUUUGUUAAAGUGUGUAGCUCUUCUGAGCGGUGGCUGAAAGGAGAAUUACAUAUUGAAUAAAUAUUGAUGAGUAACAGGGAGAGUUCUGUCAAGCCAAUAUGAAGUAGUUGACU